AUAUACCGGUUGCCUGCUCGUACACCACAGUUCAUUCUUCUUUCUCGUCGCGAUCGACAACUCGUGGACGAGCUAACAGUUUAACAUUGGAUCUAUCAGAAGGCAACGAAAAACCGUUUUUCGUGUCUCGUUACCAAUCGAUCUAUCGAUCGAUUAAACGGAAAAUUCCCCGACGAUUUAGGAGCAUUCGACAAUCCAGAAGGAAGCUUCUCUAGAACUAUAAAUAUGAGGACGAUAUGGUUGAUGUUACUUUUUGUCGGUGUCGCUGUACACGCUCAACGUCGACUCGCUCUUCCUGAUCCACGCAGUUGUGCAAAUAGAGUACGACAUGCUACCUACAGGGAUGCUAGAGGUGUUGCACAUUCAUACUUCUUCAGUUGGGAGCAUCAGCCUACUAGAAGUCUUGAGGUAGACUGGCUCGAUGCUCGUAACAUUUGUCGCAGACACUGUAUGGAUGCAGUCUCUCUUGAAACGCCGCAAGAAAAUGAGUUUAUCAAACAGAGACUCGCUCGAGGAAAUGUGAGAUUCAUUUGGACAUCGGGACGCAAAUGCAACUUCAAUGGCUGCGACCGACCGGAUCUUCAGCCCCAGAAUAUAAAUGGAUGGUUCUGGUCAGGUUCUGGGGCUAAAAUCGGCCCCACUACACAGCGCAACUCCGGUGACUGGAGUAACACUGGUGGAUACGGUCAACCGCAACCUGACAAUCGCGAAGCUGCUCAGGGCAACGACGAGUCUUGUCUAUCUAUCCUAAACAACUUCUACAAUGAUGGUAUCAAAUGGCACGACGUGGCUUGUCAUCACCGGAAACCGUUUGUGUGCGAAGACAGUGAUGAACUUCUGAACUUCGUCCUCUCUAGAAACCCUGGCAUACGCCUUUAAACUUUACUCACCAGUUUUCUGCGAUUCUUGAAUAUUUAAUAUCUGAGAUUGUUUAAGAGAAAAGUUAAUUGAUUUAAUUGUAAUUUGAUUCUAAAUUAACUUUCAUCGUUUGUAUCUAAAAGUCUAAUUUUAAUUUAUAAAGCGCCUUUUAUAUUUUUAGAUACUGAUAGAUCUGCCAUAAUAUCCAAACAGUAUCGGAUAUUAAAUGAUCAAGAAUUACGUUAGAUUUUACAUCAAGUAGAAACUGUCUCUAAUUUUAAACUUUUGUACACCUUUUCUAUACAAAAUAAAAAGCAUUUGCCAAUA